GUUCUAGAAGUCUCCUCUUAUCGUCUCAUCAUCAAAAUUAAAACCCAUCUCUCAGCUCUCUUCACUGUGAAAGCUAAACUAGGGUUUUAUCUUCUCCUCAAUCCGCCCACCUAACCCUCUCUACUCUUUGCAAACCAGUCACUGCAGUUUUCAGGAAAGCAUAGUAAUGGCGGCCUCUCAGCUCACAGCAUCUUCCAUCUCGGUUUCGGCCAGGAACUUGGUUUCCUUCGAAGGCCUAAAACCUUCCGCGGUAAAGUUUGCAUCUUUCGGGACAUUGAAGGCCGGUGGCUUGUCCCAACGUUCUUUCCGGGGAUUGGUUGUCCAAGCUGCCACUGUCGUCGCCCCAAAGUAUACGUCGAUUAAGCCCCUGGGUGACAGAGUGUUGGUGAAGAUAAAGACUGUGGAGGAGAAAACUGGUGGUGGGAUUUUGCUCCCCUCUUCAGCACAGUCAAAGCCUCAAGGAGGUGAGGUUGUUGCUGUUGGAGAGGGCAAGUCAAUUAGUAGCAAAACCUUGGACAUUAGUGUCAAGACUGGUGCCAAGGUUGUCUAUUCCAAGUACGCUGGGACUGAGGUUGAAUUCGAUGGUGAAAGCCAUCUGAUACUGAAGGAAGACGACAUUGUCGGUAUUCUUGAGACAGAAGACAUCAAGGACCUCAAGCCCCUCAAUGAUAGAGUUUUCAUCAAGGUUGCUGUGGCUGAAGAGAAAACUGCUGGGGGUUUGUUGCUCACAGAGGCAUCCAAAGAGAAGCCUUCCAUUGGCUCGGUUAGUAGUAGAAACGCUGUGUGCCUGUGAUUUGAUAGAUUAUGCUUGUGGCUUAAGAUCCUUACUUGCAUUUGAUUAAACAGGUGAUAGCAGUUGGACCUGGACCUCUGGACGAGGAAGGUAACACGAAGCCUCUGUCUAUCUCCCCAGGAAACACUGUGUUGUACUCCAAGUAUGCAGGGAAUGACUUCAAGGGCACUGAUGGUUCCAACUACAUUGCCCUUAGGGCUUCGGAUGUGAUGGCUGUCCUCUCGUAGUUUGGAUUGUUCCUUUAUCUGGGUUAGAUAGAGUGCUGGAUGUACCUCCUGAAUUUUGUGGGUUGAGAAAUGUCAUACACCAAUUUGUAGCCUUAAAUUGUAACCGGAUUGUUGUGUUAUGAUCAAAGAACGGUCAAGUUAUGAAUAAUGAAGGUAUGCAUGCUCGGAGUUCCCUCAUUUUGUGACAAGUGUAUAUUUUUGCUCUAUGGCUUCUAACUCA